AUGGCGUGCAGGGCUGCCGAUGACAGCUUGGUGGAGCGAGAACCCUCCAGGCAUGUCGACUAUCUAUCGCAUCCAUGGCGGGAGGAGGACGUUUGGAGCUCCUGGAGAUACAUAUCGGCCAGAAGGGAUGAGUACGAGAGUGGACACAGGCUGGAGAAUGCUGCAUGGCGUUCCUGGGCAAGGAUACGUUUCGAUCUUGGGUCGUUCCCUGCUGAAGCUCUGAACUGGCAAAAAGACAUAGACGUCACCUGGCUCUAUGGCCCGUUACAGGUGCAGGGAGACGAACCGGAUGACCGGUCGAGCACUUCGUCGCUGGCUCCCUCAUCGCCAGCAACCUCGAACUCCUCCUGUCUUAUCGAUAAAAAGCCGAUCCUGAAGAAACGGACCAUUUCGCAAUCCAUACUGCAACGACCACCUUCCACGCACACGUUCCUGCGACUGGCCAACGCCCUGAUCAAAGCACAGGACGGCGCGGAUGGCAGAUACGUUGCCGAUUACCCCGUCACCCGCCAGGAGUUCGAAAAGUCACUGGGAGGGGUGUUGUCGGACAGCUCCAUGUCAAACCUGUUCUUCCCGGAGAGCAACGCUACCGUCCCAGACAAACGGCACAUCAGCUUCAGUAACGAGGUUGCGCAGUGCGUUGCCGUCGAAGAUGAUGAUGAGCCGUUCGACGGAGAUUAUUAUGGCUACUACCAGCCGGCCACGGACUGUUCCGUUCUGGAGGACGACGAAACCUCCGACGACGGUGUCAUGAUGGCAAGGCACUAUCCGGAGAGACCGCCGCUCAGCUCGCAGAGCACACCACGAAGCAGUUUCAGCAGCGACAGCAGGAUCAUCGCACACCUACCGUCCACCACUCUGAAAUACCGACCCGAUACCCCAGAGCCCAAGCAGGAGGCCGCCACCACCCCGCGGCCCGUACGACCUACCCUAUCCCGCUCCUCUUCAGCUGAAACUCUCCGUCCGUCAAACUACGUUGCUGCCAAAUCCUCUUCCCACGGAGACUUCUUCCUGGACGAGGAGUACGGCCUCGACGAGGAUUGGAACACAGGCUGGGACACAGACUGGAAAGUCCAGCAGCCCAAACCGGUCAACCCGGCCACUUCUUCCCUAACAGGCCAAUGGUUCGGUAACUCCAAGGCCAAGGCUACCACAUCAUCGAGCACAAGUGAGCAGGGGAAGUACCACUCCUCCGCCGGCGUCUUCAUGCCAUUUGGGUACGGUGACAGCAGCUCUGACGGGGAAUAUGAGUGGUCUGACGAAGUGGAAGAGGGAAACUCUAGUCGUGGGGUUAUCGAUCGGGUGAUCGAUACAGUCAAUACGGCCAGAGAUAUCGCUCAUGUCAUAUGGAACCCAUGCCAACAACACACAUGGCAUCAGGAUAUUACUUUUAUCUUCUGGUUGUUUAUUGAUAUCGUAUCAAACGUUCUUACGUUUACAGCACUAUCAUUAUCGACGGAGGCCCAGCUACCAGGAGUAGCUACAUUAUCCGGCCAAUCCGCGAAACCUGUCAACCGAUACAUAUACCGUCGCCGUCUGGCCUCGAUAAAAAGCAUCUCAUAUCUUAUGCGCGAUGGUCAGAACAAUCACAACUCUCUGAGAGACCAGGUGGCAUCCCUCACCGACGCCGUGUCAAAGUGA